UUUCUUUCUUUCUUUCUUUCUUUCUUUCUUUAAUCAUGUUAGAAGUAACAAUGGAACAUGAUGACACAAUGGAUGCUUUUAAACCCAUCGAACUCAAGGGUGAAUCUGAAUCAGAUAAGGAUCUUAUCAUCGACUCCCUGAGUGAAUCACUCACAAUUCACAAAGAUAUUGUUGAACGCAUUCAAAAUGAAACGGAUGAACUCCAAUAUAGGUAUGAGACACUCGAAAAACCUGAACGUCAAUAUAUUUUUGAACAAGAAAAGCAACGAAUUCAGGAAGAACAACAAGAGAUGACAUUACGACUUGAACGCCUCGAACAUGCUCAUAAAGCCCUAGUGGAUCAGUUAGAGGCCAAGGAGAUAGAAUAUCAACGUAUGGAAAGUCGAUUUCAAUCUCAUGUUCAACUGAAUGGAAAAGAUGCUUCAUCAUUAGAAACUAGUGUUCGAGAUGUAUUGUCUGACAUUCAUGAAUUGUGUGUGUCGUUAGAGGUGAUUGAUAAAAAGGAACUUGAGCAGAUGUUUGGAUCAAAAGAAAUAAUAUGGAAAACAGAAAAGUGGUUGGUGGAUAAAAUUGUAAAUAAAAUCUGGAAGACACCGAUACAUCCUGGUAUACCUUUGAACAAUGCCUUUGAAAAAGUCCACAAAUGGAUCGAAAGGCGUAACGUAGCUUGGGCAACACGUAUCAAGCAACAUCUAGUAGGAUUUAUGGUAAAAGAGUCAAGUCAGGAAACAAACAUUGCGCGAGCCAAAUUGAUCGAGGAAGUGUUAAAAGAUGUUGAAAAAAUCUAUCUUGUAAAUAAAAAAGUGAAAGAAAAAUGGGAAGAGAUUGUGGAUAAGGCACUGGAGUUAAAUGUACUAUUGAAAUGUGAAGAUGUGACUAUAUUAAAUAUUGAGGAAGGAACAGCAUUUAAUAAGCACAUUAUGACAAAUGUGAAUAAACAAGAUGGAAAAAUAGUAGAAUUCGUUAUUUCUCCACCGUUUGUAGCUUCAAAUGCUGAAAAAGGAUUUUUGGUUCAAGCUCAAGUGUAUUGUGUAUAAACUGUUGUGUUUCAAAUUAAUAAUUUUUUAUUUUAUUUUAUUUUAUUUUAUUUUAUUUUAUUUUUCUUUUUAAUUUUUUUCUUUUUGCAUACAAAUAAUGAAUAAAGAAUCAUUAGCUAAG